AUGAUUUUGUUAACUAAUAUUAUUUUAUUUUAUUUUAUUCUUUAUAUAAACUAUUCUAAUUAUGUUAAAGCACAAAUAAAAAAAGAUAAUUUUUUUAAAAUACAUGAUAAUUUAUCUUGGAAUCAAUAUCAAAUUAAUUUAAAACAAAAAUAUUCAAAUGAUAUUAAAAAUAAUAUUAAAAAAAAUUUUUUUAUUAAUAAUAAAGAUGUCUUUAAAAUAAAUAAUGAAAUGUAUACAAAAGAAGAAGUUAAGUUUCAAAUAGAUAUUAAUCAUAUAUCUGAUAGAACACCUAUUGAAAUUAAUCAGUUGAAUGAAUUUAGCAAAAAUAUUCCACUUUAUAAUGAAGAAGAAAAAGUUAACAUUUGGAAACCUCCAGAAGAUUUAGAUCCACCAGAUUAUGUUGAUUGGAGAGAACGUGGUUAUGUUACACCUGUUAAAAAUCAACUACAAUGUGGUUCAAGUUAUAUUUUUGCAUCUAUUGGUUCACUUGAAGGGCAAUAUAUAAGAAAAACAGGUGAAUUAAUAUCAUUAUCAGAGCAAAAUAUACUUGAUUGUAUUGGUUAUGAUGGUUGUCAAGGUGGUUGGACGAAUAAUGUUUUUAAAUUUAUUCAAAUAAAAAAUAAUAUUGAUAAGGAGAAAAAUUAUCAAUAUGUUGGUGAAAAAACAUUUUGUAAAUAUACUAAUGAAAGUGUUAAUAUUAAUGUUCUUGGUUAUUAUAAUAUACCAAUUAAUGAUGAAGAAGCAUUAAAAAAAGCUGUUGCUUUUAUUGGUCCAAUAUCAGUUGUUAUUGAUGCAAAACAUAUAUCAUUUACAAAUUAUAAAAAUGGUAUAUGGUCUGAAAAAAAUUGUAGCACAAAAAAUCUUUCUCAUGCUAUGUUAAUUGUUGGAUAUGGAUCAAAUGGAAAUGAUGAUUAUUGGAUUGUUAAAAAUUCAUGGAGUACAUUAUGGGGUAAUAAUGGAUAUAUUUUUAUUGCUAGAAAUAAAAAUAAUAUGUGUGGUAUAGCAACAAUGGCAUCUUUUCCAAUAGUUUAA